UUCUACGCGUGAAAUACCUUCAGUUAAUGAAAGUGUAUUAAUAUCUGACGUUUAAUCGUACGGAUUGUGUGUAUAAGACUGACUAUUACCUAGCUCCAUUUUCCAUUGGCUGUGACAAUGGGUGCAAAUAACGGCAAAUCGCUAAAUAGUGGACACAAUUCAAAGUCGCGAUCACUUCUUCGGCUGUCAUCCAAGUCGUUGAGCAGAUCUCGCGGCUACUCGUCGUCCAACCGACUGUCGGCUAAUAAUAAUUGCAAUUUAAUGCAAGACUUAGACAUUUAUUUCAUCCGUCAAAUCGCUAGGAGUUUAAGAGAGUACGAUUUGGAGCAGAAGAUAGACCUGGAGAUCAAGAUGAGAGAGGGGACGACCAAACUGUUGGCCGCCUGUAAGCACUCCAAUCAGACCCUCGAAGCGGCCAAAUCUCUGCUCACAUCCAACGAACGGAUGAUCGCAUACAUGAGUGAAUUGCAGAGACGGAGGGCCACCGAAAGGCACCAAAAUAAGGAGGACCUCAAGAUGAAAUAUUUGAACCCUAAAGGCGACGGCGGAAAAGCAAAAGUUUCAGUCUCUGAUAUCCGAAUGCCAUUGAUAUGGAAAGACUCGGAUCACUUCAAAAACAAAGGCGAUUACCGGCGGUUCGCUGUGUUUUGUCUGCUGAAGAUCGGCACAGAGAUCUACGACACAAUUAUGGUGACAAAUGUGGACAGAAGUAUGACUGACAUCCAGUUCGACGACAUCUGUGUCUUCGCCAACAUUCCGCCCGAUUUU